AUGAGGCUAACCAAACCUACUUUAUUCACUAAUAUUCCAGUGACUUGUGAAGAAAGAGAUUUGCCAGGUAAUCUAUUUAACCAGCUCAUGAAGGAUGAUCCUUCUACUGUAAAGGGAGCAGAAACUUUGAUGCUAGGAGAAAUGCUGACUUUGCCUCAAAAUUUUGGAAAUAUAUUUUUGGGAGAGACGUUCUCCAGUUACAUUAGUGUACACAAUGAUAGUAAUCAAGUUGUCAAGGACAUUCUGGUGAAGGCUGAUCUUCAGACAAGUUCUCAGCGCUUGAACCUUUCAGCUUCUAGUUCUGCAGUGGCAGAACUUAAACCUGACUGUUGCAUUGAUGAUGUGAUCCAUCAUGAAGUAAAGGAGAUAGGAACACACAUCUUAGUUUGUGCAGUAAGUUACACUACGCAGACAGGAGAGAAGAUGUAUUUCAGAAAGUUCUUCAAAUUUCAGGUCCUUAAACCACUAGAUGUGAAAACCAAAUUCUACAAUGCUGAGACAGAUGAAGUGUUUCUGGAAGCUCAGAUUCAGAAUAUCACUACCUCUCCAAUGUUUAUGGAGAAGGUUUCUUUAGAGCCAUCUAUGAUGUACAAUGUUGCAGAACUGAACACAGCUGACGCAGCAGGGGAAAGUGAGUCUACUUUUGGCUCAAGGACUUAUUUACAACCUAUGGAUACACGUCAGUACUUGUACUGCCUAAAACCAAAGCAAGAAUUUGCAGAGAAAGCUGGAGUAAUAAAAGGUGUCACAGUCAUUGGUAAACUAGACAUUGUAUGGAAGACUAAUCUGGGUGAACGAGGAAGGCUGCAAACUAGCCAGCUCCAAAGAAUGGCUCCUGGUUAUGGCGAUGUAAGGCUUUCUUUGGAGACAAUACCAGACACCGUAAAUCUGGAAGAACCUUUUGACAUUACAUGCAAAAUAACAAAUUGCAGCAGCGAAAGGACUAUGGACCUGGUUUUAGAAAUGUGCAAUACUAAUUCCAUCCACUGGUGUGGAGUUUCAGGAAGGCAACUUGGAAAGCUGCACCCCAGUUCAUCCCUCCAUCUUGCGCUGACAUUGUUAUCUUCAGUGCAGGGAUUGCAAAGUGUCUCUGGCUUAAGACUUACAGACACGUUUUUGAAGAGAACGUAUGAGUAUGAUGAUAUUGCACAAGUCUGUGUAGUUUCUUCAGAAGUCAAAGCAAGCUGAAGAAAAAAUUCUGUAUUUCUGCUGAGCUUUUUUUUUUUGACCAACUUCUUGAUGUUUUUGCAGCCGAAUCAUAUUAAAAUGUGUACAAACGGAACCAAAUCCCUAUAUAUCUAUAAAUGUAACUAUGCUUAUUUAAUUUCUCUGAACAUUUUUUGAAUGUUUUAAAAUCUUUUAAAAACAUGCAUAUGCAUUUUAUCUACUGAAAAUAAAGCCUUUGAAAAAAGUGUAGCUCUAGCAAAUUAUAUUGCAUUAACAUCACCUUGGGGAAGGGGGGUGAGGUUGGUAUAAAAUAGUAGCACUUUAUACUUAUUUUUAUCUUAAUUAUUUUUAAAAUAUUUAAACAGUUUUUAAAUUGUAGUUCUGACAAAGCUGUUCAGUUGGAAGGAACUGGCCUUUUACAGACAAGUUCCUGGAAUCCAAAGCCCUGGAAGAAAUACUUCGGGGUACCUGGCGUGGCAGCGUAUUUGCACGGUACGUGCAUAGCCAUAAGAACUAGAGCCUGGUAAAGGCAUGAGACGAGGGAGCGCAGCUGGCACUGUUGAGGCGUUAACAGCUAGAAAGUAGAGUAUCAGCCAAAGAAUGUGCUGGUUGUGGCUCAGUCUUUGGAAAGGAGUAAUACAGCAAAUCUGUCCCAGUUAGCUGCAGCCUUGUGCAGAGCUGCGCAUCCCUGCAGUACAGGGCAUGCGGUGAAUAGGCUGUUACUUCCCAAUUAGUAGGGAACUGAAAACUAAAAUAGCAGAACUCGGGCAUUUUUUAUUGUUAAAUUGAGGUGGUGCAAAUUAUUCUUCUCAUCCCAUUGGCAUUUGAGUUGACUUUUAGGAAAAUGAGGAGAAAAACCCUGCAUGGCUGCCCUAGAUCAAGUUCUCCAAAGCAUAUGCAGGAAGGAAUUCAGGACUUGGUUAAGCACCGAAAUGCACUUCUCCCUAGCUUUGUUUUGACAAAAGAUGGAAAUAUUUUUGGCUGAAAUAUCUAAGGUCACCCAAAGGUAGCCAUUCAAUACAGAAAAUGGUGACUGCC